GCGCAGCACGAGGCGCCACCUUUUUCGCCCGACCGAGCAUUUCUUGACGGCCACGAUGCUCGCAAUGAACAUGCGCCAGCUCAAGCACAAAACUUUGACCAAGAUGGGUGUUGCGCAGUCGCUUUUCGACCCGUCCUUCGAAGCGUUGUCCAUCUCGUUUCAUCGCAUUGAAGAGUCGCUCCCGCACGUGUACCAUCAUAUUCUUACGUCGCUCACGAGUUGCCAUGCGUGCUGCAGCACCCUUGGCACAACAUUUCAGCACAUUCCGAGUUCCACGCCUGAACGUGGAGAUCCAUUCACGCGCACCAUGCAACGUGUGCGGGAACAGGCAGAUGCGCUCGAGCAGGCGGUUUCUCUGACCGUAUUGGCCCCUGUGCAAGCACUCAUGCAACGAUGCGCAGUGCUACGUACUAAACUACACGACCGUGAGAAGUAUGUGAUUAAUUACGAUCUAUGCAAGCUCGAGUUUGCAUCGGCGGCCGCGACAGACCCGCUGAAGCCCCAAAAGCAGGAAAAAAUGGAACAAGCUUGGCAAGAGUACCAAUCGUACAUGCACGUUAUCGUGCAGGACAUAUUGCAGCUCGAAGAGGACCACGUCAACGUACGAGCAGAGGCACUGGAUGCCAUGAAGCUCCACGUGGCCAAGUUUUUUCUCGGAUGCCAGAAGCAGCUCUGGUCUGCACUGGACGUACCACCGCCUGCUACGGACCUCGUGGUGGAUUCGGACUCUGAAGACGACGCCUCGUGGCGUUCUAGGGCUGCAAGUACGACCCAUAGCAUGCGGUCUCUGGCGAAGCAAUUCUCGAGUGUCGAUGGGGACGCAAUCAGUCCACGGCAGCUCAGUCAUUUGGUUGCGCCAGUGGAUGUCGGCGCGCCGUCGCCGUCGUACGUGGCAGAGGUUGUGUCUGCACCGAUGUCGGCGCUACCUCUCAGUCCCCGGAGCAAGGCUAGAUCGGUUGGCACGAUGUCGCCUGUGCCGCAGCGACAGUCGUGGUUUCUCGAUUUCCUGUGGAGCCAGGAGCGGCCGACGACUCCCAAGAGUCCGCUGAAGGCCAAGUCGAAGAGGAACCACAUGGCGUUGGCUCCGAUGGAGUGGGCUGCAGUCGAAGAUGUACUGUGGGAGCUAGACGAGAAGAGUGUGCCGCCCUUGGAAGCGCAGGUAGACUUAUCCAGCUUCCCCUUGCCAUUAACGCCUUCUUUGGUCGUGACGAUGUGCUCGUACUUGGAUGUGGUGUCUCUGGCCCAACUAGCCCAAACAUGCCACGUGGCCCGCCGGCAACUCCUUGGGUCGACAGCGUUGUGGCACCGUGUGAUUCGCCUCGGUGGAGUCCCGUCGUCAUGUCGAUGUUCAUUUUGGGUUUGGUUCCAGUACAAGCGGCGCGAUCCAUCGUUUCACGCUCGAGUAUCGUACGACCAACUGCUCCGGUCGGCUGCCCAACUCGUUCGCGUGAAUUCGAUGUCAUCCGGCCAGUCGUGUGAUGGCAGCGAUUCCCACGAAGACGCCUCGUUCGACGAUGGGAUGGACCGCGCAGAUCAACAAAUCUUGGCAUGGUUCAACGACAUUGACGUCGACGUAAAUCGAACAUGCCACAAGACGCUGUUUACAAAAGAUGUCGCAGAGGAAUGGGAUCUGGUCCAAAUCCCAGAGACCGACGUUGCCGCGAUGGUCGAGCACGCGCUGUCAAGUCCGCGACGAGACGUUGAACAGACGGAAGAGGAUCGCAAUGCGAUGCAUGCCACGAUGCGGCGGCUCCUACGUGCGUACGUGAUGUUCAAUCCCGACAUCGGGUACUGCCAAGGCAUGAACUUUGUCGUGCGGCUUUUGCUGGACAAUCAAAAGGACGAAGCAACGGUGUUUUGGGCAUUUGUCAACCUGUGCGACGCAGCGCCGACGCAAUCGCUAUACGAACCUGGCUUUCACACGUUACACGUCUUGUUUGGCAAGCUGGAGGUGCUGGUACAGCAGCAGAUGCCAGACGUAUACAACCACUUCAUCACCCAAGGGGUCGCUGUCAGCAUGUUUGCAGCCCGGUGGUUCCUCACACUCUUUACGUCGCUCGAGACAUUUGGCCCGACGUUGGUGCUGCGGGUGCUGGAUUUGUACCACCUGGACCGCCAUCGCAUCUUGUGCGGCAUUGCGGUCGUCGUGCUCGAAGAGCUCAAGGACGUCAUCCUCGAGUCUGAAUUUGAAACAAUUUUGGCCAUCCUGCAGUACCCGCGCCAUUACAUGCCUGAACCCGACUUUGGGAAACGCAAAGAGCUCCUGCAACACGCCCUCGUUGUUAGCAUCACUCGUAUUUUAUUGAAUUAAGUUAAUCACACACGACGGCGGACGUCCUAACAACGUGUGGCCGUCAUGGCACUCUUCCUCGUUGGUUGGCUCCCGUGGUCAUGCGUGCCACCGCUAAAAUUCGUGGGGCGGAUCACGCACUGAAGCGGACGUGAUUCGACACAGGUGCAAGCGACACAAAACACACGAGCGUCGAGGCGAGGGAUGGCUCGCGACGGCGGCGGUCGUGUUCGUUGGGGACGUGUACGUGAGAAGGUACGUGUUGGCUUUCCAAAACACGAGGCCAGUCGUCACCGUCAUCACGACAAACAGCAUUGUGUUGAUGGCGAAUGCGACUUGGAGCGGCACGGACGGAUCGAUCCACAGUGCCGACACGAGCUGCACAAAACUCGACAAUCCUAGCGUGUUGAUGAUCCGAAUGUAGACAGGAAAGGCCGGCGGGUCGAUCCAAAUUUGCUCGACGGCGCGGUCAAAAUCUACCGAGCGCACAAUCGCUCCUAAGAUCGCGAUGCCCCCCGUCCACGUGACAAGACCGGAGAGCGACCCACAGAGCAG